GCAAGGCAAGGAAGGGUGCUAGACAAUUUAGACCGGCGGUGUCGAAAUUAAAAAAUUCCGGAUAAGAUUCCAAAGAAAACUUAUUGUGCUUUAAAAAGUUCAUUUAAAAAUGAAUAAACUGGAAGAAAAAAUAAUAUCCGGUUUAAAUAGCAUAGGUUAUAAUGGACCUUUAUUAAAAAAACCCAAUUUUCCUUUGGCUAUAGAAAGUGGGCCGAAAAGUGUGGAAUAUACAGAACUUGUAAAUUUCCUUACAAAUGAAAUUAGAACUUUACAGGAUAUAGAUGAAGAAGUUAAUGCCAUUACUUCACCAGAAGAUGCUGUUGCUUUUAUCAUGGAAGUCACAUCAUUCUUAAAAGAAUUAAAUUGUCCAUAUAAAUCUCUUCUAGAAGGACAUGUAUCUGAAAGAUUACAAAAUGUAUCUGAUAGACUAUUGCUGCUAGAUUAUCUGAUUACAGAACUUAUGGGGGCCCGUAUUUUACAAGAAAAGAGGCCUACUAAAAAAAUUGAACUCAAACUUCAAGAAACUCCAGAAGGUAAAGACAUGAGGUUGAUUCUCCAAACUCUUCGUUUUCCUAAACCUCCUGCUAAUAUUUCUAUUUUAACAUUAUUUCAAAAAUUGGUCCCUACAAUUCCAAUUGUUUGUAAAUAAAGCCGGUAUGGAUAUAGUUGGAAAAGGCAUUUUUAAUGGAUAUUUAUCUGACAAACAGUGGGAAGUACUUAAUGGAGUCCAGGAAGAUCUACACUCAGAAUAUAAAAUUAGAAGAGAAAUGUUGCUUACCAGAUUGGAUGUUACCAUACAAUCAUUUCAGUGGUCAGACAGAACAAAGGGGAAAGAUGAUGUUUUUGAAAAACUUUAUCACGACAGACGUAAAUUAUUAAAAGUUGAGCCCGACGUAGACCUAGCUGAUUUACUAGCAGCAAGAACUGACAUUGCCAUUAUUGAGAAAACUAGUAGUUCUUCUGUAAGACGAAAUACUCGGUCGUCUUUAAACAGAAUUAUAAUCGGACAGGUACCAGACAGAGGUGGCAGAACUUCCGAAAUAGCUCCACCUCCUCCAGAAAUGCCCUCGUGGCAACAAAGGUCGGCUGGCCCAGGUGGUCGUGGAGGCGGUAAUAUGAACCGAGGUGGUGGUAAUUUUAACCGUGGAGGUGGUAAUUUCAAUCGAGGUGGCGGAAAUAAUUUCUCCCGCGGAGGGGGCGGAAAUAAUUAUUCUAGAAGUGACAGCUUUUCUGGAGGAGGUGGUGGAAAUUACCAAUCAGAAGGUGGAAAUUAUCAAUCGAAUAGAGGAGGCUUUCAGUCGGGCGGCGGCAGAGGUCGCUAUGAUGAUAACAAGGCUUUUGACAGCGCCGGUAGUUACAAUUCAUCAAGAGGAGGUGGUGGUGGAGGAGGAAGAAGUUACGACAGUUUUCAAGGUAAAUACGGCAAUUCUAGUUACGAUAGCAGAAUCUCAGGGGGAAAUCAAAGCUAUAGCAAAGACAGGCGGGAUAGUUAUAGCUCGCCCGAUUAUCAACAGUCAAAAAGAGCUAAAACUUAUGAUUCUUUUCAAGCCAAUAAAACAACGUACGCCGAUCAAUACGUUCAAGAGCGUCAGCAUAAUCAACAGUACUAUUCAAAGGAUGAUAGAGGUUAUGGUAACGAUAGAGGGCCUAGAGACGAUAGGCGAGAAUCUAGAGGUGGUCGUUCAAACUACCAUAGAGGAGGAAGAGGUAGCUACAGAUAAAAAAUAUUCAAUGACUGUAUAUUAUAUUAUGCCUCCGAUUAUAUACUUGUAAUUUUCAUGUUUAUUUGAAUUAAGGAUGAUUAUUUAUAAAAAAAAUUGAUAUAGUCAAAAAUUAUUUUUUUUUAUUCACUAGGUAAUUAUAUUUAUUAGUUUGCAUUAUAAUCGUUCUAUAAAAUAAUUUUAAAAAAAUUUACGAUAUUUACUUUAUAUGCUUUAAGAAUUUUUGUAAUGUUAAUUUAGUAAAUAAAAUCUCGAAGCAUUAAAAAAAGGACGAAAUGUUUGUGUUUGGUAUAAUCCCGUAAAAGAUAACUAAGUUUUCUGAAUUUAUAGAAAUUCUUAAAUGAUGUUUAUUUUACUGUACUGUAUUCUACUUUACUGUAACAAUU